GGAACAUGUGUGUACAGACAUGGCCCCCUCCCUCUGCUCUGUGCGCAGCCACAACAACAGCAGCAUCAGAGCUAACCCACAUCAGCACAGAGAGAUGGGUACUCCGAGAGAAAGGAUCAGUGUGGAGGCAGGUGGUAAUUCAGCAGAGCGGCAGAGUGGAUCACCCAUCAAUCUUAAUCAUUAUGCCACCAAGAAGAGUGUUGCUGAAAGCAUGCUGGACGUGGCGCUCUUUAUGGCAAAUGCAACUCAACUGAAGGCCGUUCUCGAGCAGGGGCCAAGCUUCACCUACUAUGUCACUCUCAUUACCCUCAUCAGUCUGUCCCUGGCUUUACAGCUGGUCAUUGGAAUCCUUCUCAUUAUUAUCGCUCGGAAGAACCUGAAUGACGUUUCCAAGCAUCUGGGUCUGGAUAUGCUGAACAAUGUCGCGACCGUACUUGUGUUUAUCACCGUUCUCUUCAACAUUUUUAUCACAGCAUUCGGGGUGCAAAAGACGGGCUUGUACCACUCCAGGGGGCCGCGUGAAGUGCAAUGAGGAACCACACAGAUUUACUAUCCGAUGUUCCUUUCCUUUCUCCUGAUGCUGAUCUUCUAACAAUCUUCAACCACAAAUGUUCACAAUUCCUGUUAUUUGUAUGAAAAUUAAUAAAUAGUCUUCUUCUUA